AUGACGGACUUCCGCGCUCGGUUCUUCGGCAAGGUCUGUCGGCGGACCAUCGAGUCCAUGCACCAGAAGGGGCAGGACUUCGAGGGCUUGCCCCCUGCACACAGGAUCCAGCUCAUGCUGCGGCUGGCGAAGUACGAGCAGGAGAUGAUGGCCGAGCUGGCGGGCACAACGCGCGCAGCCGUGGGCACGAGCCACACGUCCGCGAGCGACAAGUCGUUUUACAUAGAUUUGCGGCGCGCGACAUUCCACCUCUCGCAGUCGUCGACGACCGAAUUCCCCGAGCCGAAGAGCAAGGAGGAAUUCGAGCAGAUGCCGACCGCCAAGCUCGCCGCCCUCGUCGACAUCAUCCACCACCACCGCACGCCCAAGGCCCCGCCUCUCAACAUCAAGACGGAGCUGCGCGGUGUUCCCCUCAGCGACCUGCCCCCGUUUCCCGAGUCCAACAAGCUGUACCCAGACCCUGACUUCAAGGGCUAUUCCACUCACCACGGCUCGGGGCCGGACAAAAUGAUCGUCUUCUCGUACUUCCCGUCCAACAACAACCUGUUGCGCAAGGUCUUCGACUUCUACGGCAUCAAGGCGGUGUUCUUGAACGGGAAGCUCAGCGCGGCGCAGCGCGAGCGCGUCGUCGAGGACUUCCGCAAGGCGGGCGCGGACGGCCCUACGGUCCUCGUCAUGUCGUCGGUCGGCGCCACCGGGCUCAACCUUGCGUGGGCCAACAUAAUGAUCUUCGUGGAUACGACGUGGUCUGCGCAGGAGGACGAGCAGGCCAUCGGCCGCAUCCUUCGCUUCGGCCAGAAGUCCGACGUGUUGAUCUACUAUCUGAUCACACUCGCCAGCGUCGACGUCUUGCUGAACACCAUCGCGUUCGACAAGGGCGUCAUGCACCAGGCCUUCAUGGAGGCGGACUUCGAGCUCAAGCGCGUCGUCAUGUUGCUCCUCGGCAACAAGAUCGCUCACCUCAUCGGUGACGCUGACGUCGAGUUGCCCGCGGACCCUGAGGAGGACGACGACGGCACCACUGCCAGCAGCGUUGAGGUCGAGCAGGCCCUCACCCCGCGCAAGAGGAAGCAGAAGAAGGCGGCGAAGACGCCCGCCAUCUUUAUCAGCGACGACGAGGCCGAACCUUCGGAGAAGGGCGACGGCGUCGACCCUCCGAAGAAGGGCGGCAAGCCGACCACGAAGAGGCCCCAGCCACGCAGGAGGGGCGCAAAGGCCAAGGCAGUCACCCCCUCAACGACGACGCCCGAGCCGGAGUCUGAGGAGGACAAGACCUCGACGUCUCAUGCGUCGGCCACUCCCCCGCCGCGGCCCGUGACUCCGCCGCCUGCUCAGCCUCGCGCGUCCCUCCCGCCGCCGCCUACUACCCCGCCGUCGCCUGCUGAGCCUCGCGCGUCCCUCCCACCGCCGCCUACGACCCCGCCGUCGCUUGCUGAGCCUCGCGCGCCCCUCCUUCCGCCGCCUACCACUCCGCCGUCCGCCGACCGUCCCUCCACCCCCCUGCCGCAAUCUACACGUCCACAAUCUACAACUCCCCGGCAGGGAGGACCGAGCACCCCGUCUCGGUGGCGUCAGUCGGAAUCGCACACCCCGCCCUCGCAACUCCUUCCCGCGGAUCCCUUCGCGCUCACGCAGAAGUUCACCGACGCUUCGCUGAGCUCCAGUGCUCCCGCCGCGACCCCCGCCAUCCCCACCUCUGCGCUCAACGCUGCUGCCGCGCCGCCUGUGGACCCUACGCCGGACGUCGAAAUGGUCGACAGCCACGCUUCGGACCUCGACAUGUCUCACGAGGACGCCCGCAUGAUGGACAUCUCCGAGCUCGAGGAGGAACCGCGGCGCGACACUUCGCCUUUGUCCGACGCCCCGAGCGAAUCGAACAUCCCGAUUGCUCAGCGGAAGGGCAAGCGCAAGGCUGCGUCGCCCGCUUCGGCCGGUCGUCCCCGUCGCGGUACGCCCAGCACCUACGUCCCGACCGACCGUCUCGGCGCUGGUGACGACGAGCUCCCGACGGGCAGCGCGAAGAGGACGCGUGAACGCAGGAAGAAGUUCUGA